CACAGACUUGGAAAGCCCAACUCAUUGAUAUCCUCUCCUCUCCAAAAUCAAGCAAAUAAGUAAGAGUUCUUUGAGGACUUGAAACAAGAAGAAAGACUUCAAGCUAGUGAGCGAAAUGAAUGCUAUGUAUGAGAAGAAUAUCGACCUGGAGGCCACUGAGCUCAGGCUAGGGCUGCCCGGAACAUCGAAGAAGGAGAUCACUUCAAGGAGCAAGAAGAGACCCUUGGAUGAGUCCACUGAGGGAAGCUCAUCGAAUAAUGAUGACCGCCUCGAAUGCUCGGCUCCUCCUCCUUCCAAGGCGCAGAUAGUCGGGUGGCCACCGAUUAGAUCGUACCGGAAGAACAGCCUGCAUCAGAAGAAGGAAGAGGCUGAGGCCAAGGCCGGAGUUUACGUGAAAGUAAGCAUGGAUGGAGCCCCUUACCUGAGGAAGAUGGAUCUAAACAUAUACGAAGGAUACCAACAGCUCCUCGAGGCUCUGGAGAACAUGUUCAAGAUCACCAUAGGCAAGUACUCGGAGAGGGAAGGAUAUAAAGGAUCAGAAUAUGCACCAACUUAUGAAGACAAAGAUGGUGAUUGGAUGCUUGUUGGAGAUGUUCCUUGGGAAAUGUUCAUACCUUCUUGCAAGAGACUGAGAAUCAUGAAAGGAUCAGAAGCUAGAGGCCUGACUUGUGGACUGUGAACCAAUUAAAACCAAAAGAAAAUGAAAAACCGAAAAUGGAAGACAAAAGUUCAUGACUGUUGCCGAAUUCCAUGAAGGCGGGUUUAAGUGGCUAUUUGAAACGAUAAUGGGGUAAUUUGUAAUGGAGGAUUGUGCUUGAAUUCGACACAAAAUUCGCCAUAUGUUAACGUCCUUGAGAUCACAUUACCCAGUAACUCGUGACCACAUGCCGUAUACUAUAGAUCUCUGAGCUCUCCAGAUCUAGUGGCUUUGCUGCGUUCUCGCUUGGCAAGGAACGUACAACUAAAUCUUCAGGAAGUUCCUCUCGUCAAGGAAGCUCUACUCAUAAGUUUGAAGCAAUAAGAUCCAUGUGGUGAGACAUCUUCAUUGGACAAGAGCUUGACCUUAAGGUGGUCUCAGCCUCUUGUAAAAGCAGCUGUUGUUUCAUACUAGGGAUUGUUAAUCCUUACAUUAAUUGUAAUCCAGUUAUGAUACGGAUCUAGGAAAAAUUAAGGAUCGUUUGUAAAGUUUGAUUUUCUUAGUUGGUUUUUUUUUUUAAUUAAUACCAGGAUACAUACUUGUCCAUGCAUAUACCGAAAAUUAAUUACGAGCCACAAUUUUACA